ACAUCCUCCUCCAUUCUUCUUCCUUCCUCCUCUCGCUCCCAUCCCAACAAGAAAAAAAAAUGUUUCUUUCUCGCGAGCUUCUCCUCCCAUGGCGGCGCCCCAACCAGGGCGCCCAGGCUCUGGCCGGCCGCCUCCUGCGCUCCUCCUCAUCCCUCUCCGACAACGACGACGAUCCACCUUUCACGCGGAUCCCUAAGCGCCUUCCUCGGGCGCCCUCGCCGCCGCCGAAGCCUAAGGCCGUAGCGGGCAAGAUCAGGCCCGACGAGCCUGCGCACUCCGACCUUCCCUUCGACUUCCGGUGCUCGUACUCGGAGACGAACCCGGCGUGGAGGCCCAUCGGGUUCCGCGAGCCCACCAGGUUCUCGCCCUUCGGCCCCGGCCGCCUCGACCGGCCCUGGGACGGCAUCGCCGCGGCGCGAGGUGGUGUUGGGGAUGGAGAAGGAGAAGGAGGUGAGAGGAGCAGGGAGGAGGUUCUUGGGGAACCGCUGUCGGAGGAGGAGGUGGCGGAGCUGGUGGAGAGGUACCGGCACAGCGACUGCUCACGGCAGAUCAAUUUGGGAAAAGGUGGUGUAACACACAAUAUGCUUGAAGACAUCCACAACCACUGGAAACGUGCAGAAGCUGUGAGGAUCAAAUGUCUGGGAGUGCCAACACUUGACAUGGACAACAUCUGCUUCCAUCUUGAGGAUAAAACAGGCGGCAAAAUCAUAUACCGAAACAUAAACAUUAUUAUCCUGUAUCGUGGUCGGAACUAUGAUCCAAAACGGAGGCCUGCCAUACCAUUGAUGUUGUGGAAACCAUUAGCUCCUAUUUAUCCUAAGCUUGUGCAAAAUGUUGCUGAAGGGUUGACUUUCGAGGAAACAAAAGAAUUGAGGAACAGAGGAUUGAAUUCUCCACCACUUACGAAACUGACUAGGAAUGGUGUUUAUGUUAACGUUGUUGAUAAAGUGAGAGAGGCCUUUAAGACUGUGGAAGUUGUCAGACUAGAUUGCUCUCAUGUCGGGACUAGUGACUGCAAGAAAAUUGGUGUGAAGCUGAGGGAUUUGGUGCCCUGUAUACCCAUAUUAUUUAAAGAUGAACAAAUUAUACUCUGGAGAGGGAAGGUUUAUCAGGAGCAUUCUUCUUCAGAUCAAUUCACUUCCAAACCACAAUGAUGAAUGCUAGCAACUACCUAUGCCCAUAGAAGUUGCUAACACAAGCUGCUUUGAUGACUUCCCCUAGAUGUGAUCUCUGAAAAAUAUUACAUGGGGACAGUUUCUUAUGACAGGAAAUACAAGGAACUGCAACUAGAUCAUAUUAGGCACCUACAUUUUCUGGGUGUUGUUUUCCUGCAAAAGAUGCAGUGGCCAGUGCCGCACGAGAAGAGGAUGGUACCCACGCCAACUUGAGCGCAGAUCAAUGAAAGCUUACGGUUUCCAUAUGCAGCAUCAUCUUGUCAACAAGAAAGUGAUGUGCUACUAGCCUACGAGCACUGGUACCUCCUGCUGUGGGAUCAGUAUCUUAGUCUUCCAUCCUCUAUCCUCAACUUUUUGUUCUAUUGCUUUGGCUGUCUUGAUGGAAAUCGGCAUGUGACAAAUUGGGACUGGGACUAUGCCCUUUUGAACAGAUUGUGUAAUCUGAGUCUCAACAAGGUGUUGUUUGGAUUGGUAGGGGACAAGUUUGUUGAACACUGAUGAGGCACAAACAUUUCAGUAUACCGAAUGAGAGAAUUAUGUGUUAUGUUAGAAAGAAUAUCAGCAUGGUUCGUAUGGC